CCUAACUUCAUGUCUCCAAAACUAGAGAGUGAGCAAAGAGACCAGUAGAGACUUAAGUGGGGAGAGAGAGAUUCAAUGGCGUCAGGAGGAGGGAACGCAGGGAGUGGAGUGGAAUGGCAUGUGAGGCCUCCAAACCCUAAGAACCCCAUCGUCUUCUUCGACAUAACUAUCGGAACUAUCCCCGCCGGCCGUAUCAAGAUGGAGCUCUUCGCCGACAUCGCCCCGAAGACCGCUGAGAAUUUCAGGCAGUUCUGCACCGGCGAGUACAGAAAAGCUGGACUUCCUGUUGGUUACAAGGGUUGCCAAUUCCACAGGGUGAUUAAGGAUUUCAUGAUUCAAGCUGGUGACUUCCUCAAGGGUGAUGGUAGUGGCUGUGUUUCCAUAUAUGGGCAUAAGUUCGAUGAUGAAAAUUUUAUUGCUAAACACACUGGUCCGGGCCUAUUAUCUAUGGCUAAUAGUGGACCAAAUACCAAUGGAUGCCAGUUCUUCAUCACUUGUGCUAAAUGCGACUGGCUUGACAAUAAGCAUGUUGUAUUUGGGAGAGUACUUGGAGAUGGUCUUUUGGUUGUCAGGAAGAUUGAGAAUGUGGCCACUGGACCCAACAACCGCCCCAAAUUAGCAUGUGUCAUUGCGGAAUGUGGAGAAAUGUAAUGUAAAUGUUUAAAAAAAGAAAAAAAAAAAAAAACUUUUCACAAACAUCUCUAACAAUGACUGACCCAUAAAGGAAAAAAAAUCGAUGACACUUAGUUUUGAUUUUCUCAUACAAUUAUUUUAUAGUACUAAGCUUCUAUCUUGAUUGAUUUUGUUA